CUCACUUAUGUGGUGUAACAUUGUUAUCAUAUGCCUGUGUAAUGAAAAGAAAGGAAAAUAUAAAUGAUUACAGACAGAAAUGAGUUGUGCAAAAGAUGUUGACGACACAAUUCUUGGCCAGGCAAUGUCCCUUCUUCCAUACGUGAGAGCUAAUGGACAUCGAGACACAACAGUGGACAGUCUGUCAGAUGUGCCAUGGUUGCUAGUGCUUGUGUUCGAACUACUUACCACAGAAACACUUCCCGAGGAAAUGAAACCAUUCCACUCUUUUCAAGAACAGGUCCAUACCCUUCAGAUGAUACUGGAUACAUUAGAACAGACAUUGAGGCUGCCAAUGAACCACAUAACUGGGAUGGGGCUGGCGAGACUGGAGAGGCGACCUCUGUCGGACGCACUGCAGAUUUUCUCUGAUCUCAUCAAACACUGCUUCUCUGCAACAACAAAGGAAACAAGUGACAGGGGAGUACUGGAAACACCAGAGGGUAGGCGACUCUCCUUAAGCCAGUUUGGAAGUCCAGAGUUUGGAGUAGUGAGUUUUAGCCAGUUCUCCACUCCGGAAAUGUCUGUAAUAUCCCGAGAUGGAGCCAUAUGUCUUCCUGACAAGCAGCCGAAAAUGGGUCGGUACUGUUCACUUUCAUAA